GUGGAUAACGAAACCUCCACAGUCCCUGAUACUGUUCGAACAGGAGUCUGUUAUUUGGUUGCUGCUUUGUAUUUACUUGCAUCUACUCUAACAGUUACGGCAAAUGGCCUAUUACUGCUCGUUAUAUUCAAGGAUCCACUAAAGUGCUUCAGGCGACCAUUUGCGGUGUAUAUCGCAGGACUUGCAACCACUGAUUUUCUGUUUGGUGCAGUCAGUGACACCAUUACAGCCAAGAAUAAAAUUUAUUGUGCUUUGAACGAAGACGGUAAAACGACUUUUUACUAUGUCGUGGAUUAUUUCAUCGAUAACUCAGCUACCGUGUUGGUUGUUGCUUUGUCAGUUGACAGACUUCUCGCAGUCGCUUUUCCAAUUUUUUACCGCUGCACUGUCAGGAAUACUCAUGCUGCCUUCGUGGUUGUGUGCGCCUGGGUUUAUAGUCUUUCGUUUAGUUUAAUUCAGCUUACAAACGUUCCUGAUGAUAUUUACGACACUGUUGACGUCCAUUUACAUGUGACAUUUGCAUUAACAACAACGGGAAUUAUUUACUGCAUCAUCUACUGGACUAUUCGUAAAAGUAGGAAGUUUUUCCUUGGCGCUAAAGAAACUGUAACGCGCAGAACUAAUCAACGCUUGAAAAGUCUUAAAAGCGAGAAAGAGUCUGCUCUCACGGCCUUCCUUAUACUGCUUGCUUUGGUUAUAACACAAAUUCCUUACCUUGCGAUGAUUGUUCUCCGGGCAAACUGUAAGAGCUGUCGCGUAACCACAUGGUAUUUCAUUUGCCAGGAGUGCGCUGAUUUCCUUUUAUGCGUAAGUGCUAUUGCAAACCCUGUCUUGUAUGGCUGGCGAGUAAAGCAGUUUCAAAGAUCGUUCAUGGUGGUUUUCUGCGGAAAAAAGAGCCGUAAUACAGAGCUUGGAAAGUCACGAAAUACUACUUUUGAAAAAACCUUGGAAUUAGAUUGA